AUGUACCGAGCCAUGAAGAAUAGUUCUAAUAAUCAUUUAUCUCCUAAUGUUAUCAGUUUGGAAAAAAAUGUCAAAGUUCCUAAACAAGAAAUUUCCGAUACAACUCUCAAAGUCCAAGCUCAAACGAACAGGUUAACCGAGCGACAACGUGAAAUUCUCAAGAAAACAUUCCACAAUAUGGAAGGGGAUUGUGUUAAACUAGGUUUAAAAAUGCUUCUGAGGCUUUUUUCUGAAUACCCUAGAUACAAGCUUAUCUGGCCCCAAUUUCGCGCUAUCCCAGAUUCUUCUCUGAUGCAUGCUAAUCAAUUGAGACGACACUCUUCCGUUUAUAUGGCGGGAUUACGAUCGAUCAUUCAUUCUAUGAAUAAAGAAACCGAACUGGCCGAUCAAUUGAUGCGCAUAGCAAAAGCUCAUAUCAAAUGGAAUAUUCAUAGAAGUCAUAUUCAGCAUAUGCUGGAUCCCGUUUUGGAAGUCGUGAAAGAAGCCAAUGGAUAUGAAAUGGACGAUGAAACGAAAGAAGCUUGGACUACUUUAUAUGAUGUGAUCGCAGAACUUAUUGAGAUAUAUCGAGCCAAAGCUUAA